UGCUGGAAAACUUCUCCCACGGCAUGGCCCGGCUUUAAUUUGUUGGGCCUGCAGGACGGUUACCUUCCGCUGAGCCGCCCGCCCAGCCCCCGAGCCUCUCAUCUCCGCAGCCCUCGAGCUGCCCUGUCUGCCCAUGGCGGUGGCCGAGCUAUACACAAAGUACAACAGGGUUUGGAUUCCUGAUUCUGAAGAAGUUUGGAAGUCUGCUGAAAUAGCAAAGGACUAUAGAGUUGGUGACAAAGUCUUGCAACUCCUGCUGGAGGAUGGAACGGAGCUGGAUUAUUCUAUUGAUCCUGAAUGUUUGCCUCCACUUCGGAAUCCUGACAUCCUUGUGGGUGAGAACGACCUCACAGCCCUCAGCUACCUCCACGAGCCUGCGGUGCUCCACAAUCUCAGAAUUCGUUUUGCAGAAUCCAAACUCAUUUACACCUACAGCGGAAUCAUCUUGGUGGCCAUGAAUCCUUACAAGCAGCUGCCGAUAUAUGGAGAUGCCAUCAUCCACGCCUACAGUGGGCAGAACAUGGGCGACAUGGACCCACACAUAUUUGCUGUGGCAGAAGAGGCAUACAAGCAGAUGGCCAGAAACAAUAAAAACCAGUCAAUAAUUGUAAGUGGGGAGUCUGGUGCUGGAAAGACAGUGUCUGCUCGCUAUGCCAUGAGGUACUUUGCCACCGUCAGCAAGUCCAGCAGUAAUGCUCACGUGGAAGACAAGGUCCUAGCAUCAAACCCCAUAACUGAGUGGUCUGGAACAAAAGCCAUAGUGUCUUCAAGGUAUGCCUGUAUGUGGUCCUUUAAAGACCAAAGAAGAUUCCUCUUUAUUUUACAGUCAGAAAAUGAACGAAAUUACCACAUUUUCUAUCAGCUUUGUGCAUCUGCACAGCAGUCGGAAUUUAAACAUCUUAAAUUAGGGAGUGCAGAAGAAUUUAAUUAUACGCGAAUGGGAGGCAGUACGGUCCUUGAGGGUGUGAAUGACAGAGCUGACAUGAUAGAGACUCAGAAGACCUUCACACUGCUGGGUUUCAAGGAAGAUUUUCAGAUGGACGUUUUUAAGGUCCUGGCAGCCAUCCUACAUCUGGGCAACGUACAGAUCACAGCAGUGGGCAACGAGAGAUCAGUGAUCAACGAGGAUGAUGGUCACCUGGAGGUGUUCUGUGAGCUCCUGGGCCUGGAGAGUGGCAGAGUGGCUCAGUGGCUGUGUAAUCGCAAGAUCGUCACAACCUCCGAGACAGUGGUGAAGCCCAUGACCAGGCCCCAGGCUGUCAAUGCCAGGGAUGCACUGGCCAAAAAGAUCUACGCUCACCUGUUUGACUUCAUUGUGGAGAGAAUUAACCAAGCCUUGCACUUUUCAGGCAAGCAGCACACUUUUAUUGGUGUUUUGGACAUUUAUGGUUUUGAAACCUUUGAUGUGAACAGCUUUGAACAGUUUUGCAUCAAUUAUGCUAAUGAAAAGCUGCAACAGCAGUUUAACCUGCAUGUCUUUAAACUUGAACAAGAAGAAUAUAUGAAGGAAGACAUUCCUUGGACUCUGAUAGAUUUUUAUGACAACCAACCAGUCAUUGACCUGAUUGAAGCAAAAAUGGGCAUUUUGGAGUUACUGGAUGAAGAAUGCUUGUUACCACAUGGGACUGAUGAAAACUGGCUUCAAAAGCUGUAUAAUAAUUUUGUCAACAGAAACUCUUUGUUUGAAAAACCCAGAAUGUCAAACACCUCCUUUAUCAUCCAGCACUUUGCAGAUAAGGUAGAGUAUAAAUGUGAAGGUUUCCUUGAGAAGAACAGAGAUACCGUCUAUGACAUGCUGGUUGAAAUCCUGAGAGCAAGCAAGUUUCAUCUAUGUGCCAACUUUUUUCAAGAAAAUCCGGUUCCUUCUUCCCCAUUUGGUUCAGCAAUCACAGUUAAAUCUGCAAAGCCAGUCAUCAAGCCAAACAACAAGCAUUUCCGGAGCACCGUGGGGAGCAAGUUCCGCAGCUCUCUCUACUUGCUCAUGGAGACUCUCAACGCCACCACUCCCCACUAUGUCCGAUGCAUUAAGCCAAAUGAUGAGAAACUGCCCUUUGAGUUUGACUCCAAAAGAAUUGUUCAGCAGCUGCGAGCCUGUGGCGUCUUAGAAACGAUUCGCAUUAGUGCCCAGAGCUACCCUUCUAGGUGGACAUACAUUGAGUUCUACAGCCGCUACGGGGUCCUCAUGACCAAGCAGGAGCUUUCAUUCAGCGAUAAAAAGGAGGUGUGCAAAGUGGUCUUACACCGGCUCAUCCAGGAUUCUAAUCAGUACCAGUUUGGCAAAACCAAAAUUUUCUUCAGAGCAGGGCAAGUGGCUUAUUUAGAAAAACUCCGGUUGGAUAAACUGAGGCAGGGUUGUAUUGUGAUACAAAAGCACAUCCGUGGCUGGCUCCAGAGAAAAAAAUUCCUCCGAGAGAGACGAGCAGCCGUGAUCAUCCAGCAGUACUUCCGGGGUCAAAAAACUGUGAGGAAAGCGGUUACUGCCACAGCCUUAAAAGAAGCAUGGGCAGCCACUGUCAUUCAGAAGUGCUGUCGAGCGUAUCUCGUCCGCAACCUGUACCAGCUGAUUCGCGUGGCCACCAUCACCAUCCAGGCCUACACCCGAGGGUUCUUGGCAAGGAGGAGGUAUCAAAAGAUGCUGAAGGAACACAAGGCUGUGAUCCUUCAGAAAUAUGCCCGGGCCUGGCUGGCCAGACGCAGAUUCCAGAAUAUCCGACGAUUCGUGCUCAACAUUCAGCUCACUUACAGAGUUCAGCGUUUGCAGAAAAAGCUAGAAGACCAGAACAAAGAGAACCACGGGCUGGUGGAGAAGCUGACCUGCUUGGCUGCCCUUCGGGCCAGUGACGUCGAGAAGAUUCAGAAACUGGAAUCCGAACUGGACAGAGCAGCCACCCACAGGCAGAAUUAUGAGGAGAAGGGGAUGAGAUACAGGGCUUCCGUGGAAGAGAAACUGGCAAAGCUUCAGAAGCAUAAUUCAGAAUUGGAGAUACAAAAAGAGCAAAUACAGCAGAAGCUUCAAGAGAAGACUGAAGAGUUGAAAGAAAAAAUGGAUAACCUCACCAAGCAGCUCUUUGAUGAUGUGCAAAAAGAAGAACAACAAAGAAUACUUCUUGAAAAAAGUUUCGAACUGAAAACGCAAGACUAUGAGAAGCAGAUCCGGUCUUUGAGAGAAGAAAUUAAAGCUCUCAAGGAUGAGAAGAUGCAACUGCAGCGUCAGCUGGAGGAAGAGCGGGUCGCCUCUGAUGGCCUGAAAGGGGAAGUGGCCCGGCUGAGCAAGCAGGCAAAGACGAUCUCUGAGUUUGAAAAGGAGAUAGAGUUACUUCAGACACAGAAGAUAGAUGUGGAAAAACAUGUGCAGUCCCAGAAAAGGGAAAUGAGAGAAAAGAUGUCAGAGAUUACCAGACAACUUCUUGAAAGCUAUGACAUUGAAGAUGUAAGAAACAGGCUGUCUCUAGAAGAUUUGGAACAUUUAAAUGAGGAUGGAGAACUUUGGUUUGCUUACGAAGGACUAAAGAAAGCAACACGCGUUUUGGAGAACCAUUUCCAGUCCCAGAAGGAUUGCUAUGAAAAGGAGAUUGAAGCUCUGAACUUCAAAGUGGUGCAUCUAAGUCAGGAAAUCAACCACCUGCAGAAAUUAUUUAGAGAAGAGAAUGACAUCAAUGAAAGUAUCCGUCAUGAAGUUACCAGGCUAACGUCAGAAAACAUGAUGAUCCCAGACUUUAAACAACAAAUUUCAGAACUGGAAAAACAGAAGCAAGAUCUUGAAAUCCGCCUGAAUGAACAAACUGAAACCAUGAAAGGAAAACUAGAAGAAUUGUCAAAUCAGUUGAAUCACAAUCAAGAAGAAGAAGGAGCGCAGAGAAAGACCAUAGAAGCCCAAAAUGAAAUACAUACCAAAGAGAAAGAGAAGCUGAUGGAUAAGAUUGAAGAAAUGCAGGAGGCCAGCGAGCACUUGAGGAAACAAUUUGAAACUGAAAAUGAAGUCAAGAGUAGUUUCCGGCAGGAAGCAUCUCGUCUCACUAUGGAGAAGAGGGAUCUUGAAGAAGAGUUAGACAUGAAGGAAAGAGUGAUUAAAAAGUUACAAGAUCAAGUGAAGACUCUAACCAAGACAAUUGAAAAAGCCAAUGACGUGCACCUGUCCUCAGGACCCAAGGAGUACCUUGGAAUGCUGGAAUACAAGAGAGAAGAUGAGGCCAAGCUCAUUCAAAACCUCAUUCUUGAUCUGAAGCCCCGUGGUGUGGUGGUGAACAUGAUCCCCGGGCUGCCAGCUCACAUCCUAUUCAUGUGUGUACGCUACGCAGACUCGCUAAAUGACGCCGACAUGCUCAAGUCCCUCAUGAACAGCACCAUUAGUGGCAUCAAGCAGGUGGUUAAGGAACAUUUAGAAGACUUUGAGAUGCUGUCUUUUUGGCUUUCCAAUACCUGUCAUUUCCUCAAUUGCCUGAAGCAGUACAGUGGAGAAGAGGAAUUCAUGAAGCAUAAUAGUCCACAUCAGAAUAAGAAUUGCUUGAACAAUUUUGACCUUUCAGAAUACAGACAGAUUCUUAGUGAUGUGGCUAUACGAAUAUAUCAUCAGUUCAUUAUCGUGAUGGAAAAUAACAUUCAACCAAUAAUAGGUAAGAAAAGAAUCAAUGACUAAGAAAGAUUUAUAAUGAUAUUGAGACCUUAAAAAAUAAAUCCGCAUGGAAUAUGUAU